AUGGCUGACACAACCACAAACUUUCAGUGGAAACCAGGCAAUCCAGAAUAUGACGACGUUCUCCAAAAAAUCGCGUCGUCAGAUGAUCUAGAAGGUUCAGAUUGGAGCGACCUUCGGCGGGUUAUACAGCACAAACUCGAACAGAAUGUGAACCUGUUCCUUUCAACGACUAGCGGGCCUUCCCCACCUCCCCCGUUCAGUUCACAGCCUUCAACGCCUGGAGGCCUGCGACUACCUCCCUUUCCUCCAAAGAAACUGGCCCAGAUGCAUCUCUAUGACCCUCCUGAAAGCUACAUGACAGAAGACCAGGCAAAGGAAACAAAAGAGGCCAUCUUUGAACAGUUGGACCAAUUCGACGAGAAACCUCCGUUCACGAUACAACGCCUUUGUGAACUGCUGCUGGAACCGAAGAAAAACUAUAAAUCUGUCGGAAAGUAUCUCCGCGCGGUUGAAAAAUCGAUUCUAGUCACUUCCGCACAUGACGCCUUCCCAUCGGUUCCUCUGGAACCAACGUCUACCUUCCCCUUGCCAUCGCGGGCAAAUGGUAAUGGAGCCAGCCAGGACAACGUCCAAACCACAGCUCCUUCCUCCAGCUCUUCGGUGCCUUCCAGCCCUCUCGCGUUCGCAACAAGACGCUCAUCUACACCUUCCACGCCGCUUUUCUCUCCCAUCCCAUUCUUACACGCCGAUGCACGGUCUCGCUCUAAGUCUCGUAGUCCUCCUCCUCAAACGCCACCUAUGACACCACUAAGCCUGGCAGGAGACGUCACCGACCUCCCUGUCGUUCCAGAUGACGAGAAGGUCAUUGGGUUGGUUGACGAGAUGGAUGAUCCAGGACCCGGUCAUUUGAGCGAUAAGCCAACACCGCUAACGGCUGCUGCUUCCUCUGACGCGGGAAAACCCAUUCUCAAGACCCUUCAGGACAGGUUCGUCAAAACUAGCGUUGAGAUCGAGGGUGGAGAGGACAAGGAGAACGAGGCGCAAGAUAGCGCAAAAGCUGAGGAGAAAAGUGGAGAGCAAGGAACUGCGGAUGCAAGCGGGAGUCGGAAGAAGGCCAAAACAGAUCAAGACGAAGACCAGCACAUGGAAACUGCCCAGGAGGAGGUUCCCAAGGAGGCGAAGGAGGAGAAAGAAAACGAAGGCGCGGGCGACAGCAAGAUGGACCUUGAUGUGACGGAAGACAAGUCGUCAUAA